AUGAAUCGGGACUAUUAUAAAGUGAUGUUCACGUACAAGAAGACGAACCGUCCGAAAGCAUACAGUGGAGACGUACUCGACAACGAUACAGAAUUCAACGCUAACCAGUUCAAAUUAUACGAUGAUUUUUCAUCGGAGCACAGUUACAAGUUCAGUACGCUGAGGAACUAUCAUGAGGUCGUGAGGAAUGAGAGGCGAAGAUGCGAUGCUAAUGAUUCAGGGAUCGACCUAGACAACGGAAACUCUACGUACGUCACGAAUACUGAGAGCGAUCUGUUGGAGAACGAAGUAAUGGUAGAUCCUUGGAGCAGUAUGGACUCAUCGAAUUCACCAUUGACUGAUUCAGGACCAUCGGCCAGUGAAGAAUGCACUCCGUCUACUUCGAGCGAACCUCCUCGAGGGCCUCUGGAUGCAUCUUCUCCUAUAUCACCGGAUACACGUCGCUUACCGGACCCAAAAGACGCCAGACUGAAAUAUCCAAGACAAAACUUAAACAAACCUCCAAAUAAACCGCGUACCAGAGAUCUAACUCUGGAUCUAGAAUCUGACCUCUCCCGCCGACCGCAUUUCCUCGAUGACGAUUACCAGCUCCCAUCAAAAUCAAACAUCGAAUGCCGUAUUCUCAAACCUCACUUCCUCGAUCACUCGCCAUCACCGGACGAGUUUGAUGAACGCAGCGACAUAACAAAUCCAAAUUUCCUCGACGAUGAAGUCGACGGUGAUGAUAAUCAAGCACAAAAGAAAUCCGGUGCUCCGCCCAAAAGGACAAACAAACCGCAGACAUCGUACACGACUCAAGAUGAAAGACCACAUAGAACGAAUUACAGAAGCACACUUCAUUAUGGCUUAGAGAGUGCAGCCAGGUCGAGCGAACGUGACAAGAGGGCGUCACAACUCUACAGAGGUACCUGGCCAGGAGAGAGAGACGUCUGGACUGCACAUGAUUCAGGAAGCGUAAGGAGUUUCUCUAGCAACGGUUCAGAUGGACCGCGACCAUCAUCAAAUUUGGAAAACAAAAUGGAAUGUGUAUGUUCUCUUAUAUCUCUUCUAAGCUUAUCGCCAGAAAACAAUGCCGAUCUUAGCGAGCCACUGUUAGAAAUGAGCAGAUCGAUUGAAAGCUGUAUAGCAAUGAGGCAAGCUGGAUGCAUUCCACUAUUGGUUCAAUUGAUCCACUCAAAAGUACCGAGAGAAACGCGAGAUCGUGCGGCCAAAGCGCUUCGUAAUAUAAUACACACCCAAAAGGAUGACAAAGCCGGCAGAAGAGAAGCGAGGGUGUGGCGACUGCUGGAACAAGUCCGGGAGUAUUGUUAUGUAUUAGAAGGUGUGGUCGAAGCUAGGAAAGAAGGCAAAGAGGCAGUAGAAGAUGAUGCCACUAAACAUCCUAGCCAGAGUGUUGCUGCCUUGAUGAAAUUGUCCUUCGAUGAAGAGCAUCGCCACGUAGUUUGUCAAUUAGGAGGUUUGCAAGCGUUAGCAGCGCUUGUUAGUGGGGACCAAGCGGCGCACGGAAGCAGAACUGACGAUAAUACAUGUCUAACGAUGAGGAAGUAUGCUGGUAUGACACUUACAAAUUUGACAUUUGGGGACGGAAAUAAUAAGUCAUUAUUAUGCUCAUUUAAAGACUUCAUGUUGGCGCUGGUUGAACAACUGGAGUCUCCUAACGAUGACAUGAGACAGGUCACGGCUGCAGUGCUUAGAAAUUUAUCUUGGAGGGCUGACACGAAUAGUAAACAAGUACUAAGAGAAGUUGGUGCCGUGAAGGGAUUGACAAAAGCCGCUAUGACGUGCCAAAAGGAAGCUACACUCAAGUCAGUUCUCUCCGCGCUCUGGAAUCUAACAGCUCAUUGUUCGAUGAACAAAGUGGCUUUGUGUUCUGUAGAUGGAGCUUUGGGUUUCUUAGUAGACAUGCUGAGUUACAAUUCACCGACAAAGACGUUAGCCAUCGUGGAGAAUGCGGGUGGUAUCAUGCGGAAUGUGUCCAGUCACAUCGCGGUUCGAGAAGAUUACAGGCAAAUUCUCCGCGAGAGAAAUUGUUUAAGUGUCUUGCUGCAACACCUCAAGUCUCCAAGUCUAACUGUUGUCAGCAACUCGUGCGGAACUCUCUGGAACUUAUCAGCCAGAUGUCCUCAAGAUCAACAGUUCCUGUGGGACCAUGGAGCGGUACCGAUGCUCAGAAGUCUCAUUCACUCGAAACACAAAAUGAUAGCUAUGGGAUCCAGUGCUGCCUUGAAAAAUUUACUGAAUUCUAAACCCGGAAAGACACAUAUAAUAUCCCUGGACACUACCGCGAGAAGUAUGAACUUGCCCGCUCUACCGACCCUCGUAGCUAGGAAACAAAAGGCACUGGAGCAAGAACUAGACCAAAACCUUGCAGAAACCUGUGACAACAUAGAACCGGCGACCUCUCCGACUACUAGUAACAGAGAGGAAAAGAAUCUUUUUACAGCCACCGAAAGACAAAUAGCAAUGAAUCUAGAAAGGCAUAGGAUGACGUCCAGCUCACCGCUCAUGGGGACGCUCUCCUCCCAGAUAUCUUUAAGUCAUAGCGCACAUCUAGCGAGUUACUUGAGCUGCAGUAACACUCUUUUAAAGGGAGCGCUGGUCACUCGUUCCACCGGUAGCAGCUCUAACAAUGUCAAUAGAUCCGACAGCAAGGACUCGGUCACCAGUACUCAUUCAGAUUCCGUAUUCGAAAGAAGCGCGCGUACCGGCAAAGUACCUGUACCGACGCCAAGGAAUAAAGACUUAAUGAAAAUGGACACAGGAAGUGACACAUUCAAAUCUCAGACAUUAACAAAAGAUCCUUCGUAUCUACCAUACAACCAACCACCCAUACCGCCUCCGAGGAGUUCAACCGACAUGAGAACCAACUACACAGAAUCCGGUUAUGACGUCGACCAGGAUUCUUGCGACCAACCUAUCGAUUUUAGUAGGAAAUACUCUGAAACGAAGACUGACACCGAGCCUGUAGAUAAAUCAAAGUCUGAAUCCAAAAAAUAUAAUAAGAAAGAUAAUCCGAAUACAUUCGGUGAUUAUCAGGAGACCGAUCUGGAUCAACCUACUGACUACUCGCUACGUUACGCGGAACACCAGUCGGAAACCGGCUCGGAUAUAUCAGAACCACCAGCGCCCUCUGUCCAUGAAGACACUAUAAAGCAUUUCGCGACCGAGGGCACGCCGUAUGAAACGCCGAUCAUUUUCUCCACAGCGACCUCCAUGUCCGACCUCCGCAUCAUCGGCAAAGACGGGAAACCCAAGACUUCCAGCGUAAAAGAACAUCCAGAAGCCAUGACUCAUUCCGACGAAAAGGAUACGUGCUCUAUAGAAGACCCGCCACACAAUAACGAUGAGAUCACUAUCACCCCGCCACAAGCAAGCUCCGAACCUAUAGCAGAGAAACGAAGCGUCUUCGAUACUAAAUUCAGCUCGGGAAUGAUAAGUCCCGAAAAACCUGUGAACUACUGCGACGAGGGAACACCGGGGUACUUCUCAAGAGUCAGUUCACUCAGUAGUCUGGGAGAACCCACGCAAGAAGACAGCCUGGCGAAGAAGAACGCUCAGGCAUCCAUCAAUGUUGACCCGAGCCCGCAGGAACAGAGCACUAGUAGCUCAGGGAAAGAUAAAGAAGGUUCUAAAGCGGUGACAUUCGCCACGGAGGCCGUGUCAAUUGAAUCCUCCACUCCUCCUCGCUUCAUAGAGGACACUCCUCUUAUGUUCAGUCGGUCAAGUUCACUUGGAUCCCUGCCUGAAUGCUCGCAACAAGACGACCAGGGGUCAGUGGUGUCCGAAAUCAGCCGGUUAACUUCUGGAUGCAUCUCCCCUAGUGAGAUCCCGGAUUCCCCGGGACAAUCCGUGCCUCUCUCUCCACGAGCACAAUUAUCUCCAAGGAUUCCUCCCAUACAUCACGUGGAGCUAGUGUCGUCUGUGUUCGAGGAGCGGCCCGCACAGUUCGUGGUGGAAAACACUCCGGCACACUUCUCAGCCAACACAAGCCUCUCUAGCCUCACUAUUAACGACGAGCCGAGGCUGCCUCUAUUAUGUGAAGAACUGAACAAGGAAUCUUAUGUCGAACACAACGUGACGCCGCCGGGACACGAACCCACUGACUCGGAACAUCUAGAAGAAAGUCCACAGCAGAUAGCUAAAGAUUCCGGCAGCGAUAUCGUUAAAGAUGGCGAUUCGGAUAGCGACCCUCAAAGCGACGGUAUACUCCAAGCUUGUAUAGAGAGGGGCAUACAACAGGUGGUGAAACACAAGGGACCUCCGUCAGACGGUUCCGCGUCCUACACAGUGAGGAACGAUGUUUAUAGGUCUCUCCCCGCACACUUGAGGUCUUCAACUGAGACCGUGAUGAUGUCUAACGACUUCAGAAGCGUUCGUGAAAGUCCGCCGCCGUUACCGCCCAAGGAGCGUCGCAGCCCCGCACCACCUCGCCCGCCACCGCCUGAUGAUUUUGGUCGAAGACAGACCGAAAAAUCUCAACGGACUCCAAAACCAAAGUUACCGGUCACACAAAACUUAGUGAGAAACGAUUCUCUAAGUUCACUCAGUUUAGACUCGUUUGGUUCUACCGAUAGGGAAAUAUUCGAAGAGACUGUUAAAGCUGGGCUCUCGAGUGUCAACCCUAGAGCGCAAUACAGUCUCGAUAACUGCAAAGGUAAGGCACACUCAGCAGAGAGAAGGACGGAACCGAAAUACAACAGACACAACAGGUCGCUCGAUAGAAGCGAUAAGAUAACCAACAGGGGCCACAAGGUACGAGACCCGGAGUUUGAGAAGAACAUCGCGUCUGGGGCUUAUAACAUUAAACCUAGCAACAAAGUUAAGAAGCUAGAACAGGAGUUUGCUAACUUAAAUGUAGCGAGGUCGUCGUAUUCAUAUCACGGAGAAGGUUCUGGAACUCAUCAGUCGAGAUUCAGAGGUCACCCACGGUACUACGACGACGGACCAACAAGCCUACCCACCAGGAGCGACGAACCACGCCGGCUAGAUAGAAGCAACUCACUCAGUUCACUCAGCAACGAUUCAUUCGGUUCCACGGACAAAGAAGUGUUCGAACGAUCAGUACGAAUGGGAAUGUCAAAGCCUCUGCCGAAGAAGAAGGAGGAACCUAAACUACGGGUUAGGAGUGACGACCGACUGGAAGUGAGAGAAUCACAUAGAAGACGUCGCCGGGACACCAAACAUCAGGGAGCCUUGGAUAAAAUGGUCGGCGAGGAAUAUUCAAAGGACAGGGCGAUAUUGGAAGAAGUUAUAGCGCGAGGCGCCGGCGAAACACAACCAGCUAAUCAGAGCUCUCAAUCAAAUCAGUCAAAAAACGUCGAGGCGCCGUCUGCGGGUCCCGCGGCCGCAGACGACGCACGCACCGCGCGAGACAACACUGGCUCUGAUGAUUCCGCCAUACACACCUUGGAUGACAUACAGAUCACCAUCAACGACACGCCCAUAUCCAUCUUCGACCGAUCUAACGAAAUGCCUACUAUCGACUCGGGGAACACCACUCUAGACUCGGACUGUAUAGAAAUGGAUAAAUCCAAUGAGUGCUUGGCGCCGGCGUCAUGCAACACGACGGUGGAAUCUGAUAGAGAUGAGUUAAACCGAUCCAAUGAAUCAUACGCCGAUGUCUUGGAUGGUUCCUGGAGUGAAGACGAAAAACACAAGGAAUAUGAUUCAGGAACAUUGACGAGGAAGAAUAAACACAAACCCGAGUGGACGGAUAUAAAAUAUAUAGAGGGACCGAUGAACUUGGAAUUUGAAUCCAAGAAUAAUGAUACCUGGAAUGAAAACACGUGCCCGGAUGACGUCACCUUCCCAACGAUUAGUGGCUCCGUACAUUUGGUAUCCUCAAUGAAGAGUGAGAUCGUUGACACGGCUAUGGCUCUCCCAGACUUGCUAGAAAAAAGCGAAGCCCCUAAUUUGUUCUCAAAACCGGAUUUAACCGACAAACUGGAUGGAAAUGUACCAGAGAUUGACGAUGUUCAUUUGGACGAUAAAGUCCUGAUUGAAAAUAUACCCGAGCCUAGCUUCACGUCACUGGUGGAUGAAGGGGAACCUAAAUUUGAUUCUAUUAUGGCGUUAGCUAUUGAAAAGGAAGCUGCUAGACUUGCCGCACAAUUAAAGAGUUCCCAAUACGCAAUGGAAAAUAGCGUUACGUCUUUGACGUCGCUGGAUUUAGAUAAUGUUAAACCUCCAUCGAAUUUAGGUAGUCUACUCUCGCUCAGUGCGUCCGGCCACUGGGAUGAGACAGCACAAACUUCGAAAAAGUCACAAAAAAGUAGAAAGAAAUCACUGCCUGUUGCUCUCAUGAUGAAACGAGCGCUCAGCAACUCGAUGCAUCAAGGAAGCUCUGAACAUUUAGAUAGUAUCCCUCUUAGCUUAUUAGAUAAUGUAAAACCCCCGUCGGAAAUGGAAAAUCUCGAUAUGGAUGGAAGCAUGAUUUCAGUGUCGAGUAUUGUGUCUGAAGUGGCCGAGACUAAAGAGAGCAAAACACCUUUGAUAUUCGAUUACAAACAACCAGUUCAGGACUUCCCACUGUGUUCUACAUUUACACACGUCUUCCACGACUUGGACAAAGUGAAUCCGCCUUCACUGUUCGAUGAAAUAGCAGAAUCUACUUUGGAAGCAGACCAGACGACUGCUCACCAGGUGUACGAUGAUUGUACAUCGAACACUCUGAACGUCAUAACUGAUAUACCAUCCGGCUCAGAAACUUGCACGCCCUUACCAUCAGAUAUCAGCAGCGUCGAAUCUACACCAAAAAGACAACGUGAUCCUAAAUAUUUGACCCCAAAAGAAAAACGAAGUGCGGCAAAGCACAGAUAUCAGACUUACACGAUCACGGACACCGUAUCCAGUGACGAUGUUGUACUGAAAGUAGAAUCUGAGGAAUUUGUAACUUGGACGAAAUCUGAAAGCGAUAAAUCAGAUGAAUACGUAACAGCGAAUUCAGAAUCAAAAUCCAAACGUCGACUGAGUGCUAAACAACGAAGACAAGAGGACAGAGCUAGGUAUCAAACUCAGACCGUUAACAUUCAUAAUAUACUUUCUCAAGAUUCCUCUCAGGAAAGAGAACAGCUGAAUCCUCAAAUCGAGAGUCUGAAACAACGAUUGGCUGCAAAAAAGACUCUCAAACAGAAACGAAUCGAAGAUGCAGAGAGAUUCAGAACUAGGACUCUCAGCGAGGACAUUCCGCCCUCACCAACAUUUGUCACUAAAGACGCUAAUUUUGAAAACGUUGAAACUACAACCGGUUACGACAGCCUGUCCUCGAAUGAAUUAAAUCAUCAACAACUCUUGGACGACCGACACAGCGAUGACGUAUUCAGAGACAUCGACAGCGGACAUAACGAAGACGACUUCGAAUUAAAUUCAACUAAAAUGAAAACUUACACAAAAAGUUUCAGGAACUAUCUCCCCGUCAUCGAAAGUCCGGCGUCGGUUGACAUGUGCGUGGUUAAUAAUCUUAAAAAUAUAGAAAUGACCGCCUCCUACCGACGUAACUUACAAAACCCGAGCAGCAGCGACUUUGCCAGCUUCGAAGGUGACAGCACAUCUGAAGGGAAAGCAUUAUCGGAGUCAGAUUCGGAAACACCAACGACGAGACCGAAACCUAAAAUAAUUAAGCCAGAGAGAAGAGAUGAAAGUUUAGAUUCAAACGAGUCAGGUGACAAGGAACACGAAGCUCCUAAAGUAGUCAGGGGUAGGAAAAAGGCCAUGUAUGUAUCACCUUACAGACGAAACGUUCCAAGUCCCAAGAAACAAUCUACGCCAACAGCUGUUAAAGUCCCUCCAAAGUCUGCCACUACACAGAAACCGACCACCAGUAAAACAGCAGGAGUGAAAGCGCCAGCCAAAACUUCGGUAACUUCUAAAGUAGUCCCAACUACUUCUCCCAAAAAGACUGCCCUCAAUAAAUCCCCAUCCAAAGUAGCUCAAAAACCAUCAAGCGCGCCGUCUUCCAGCAAACCCGCACCUCUAGUCAGACAGGGCACAUUCACCAAAGAAGAAAGUUCAGUACCCGCUAAAGAUCUGCCUGUCCCGAGUAAAAAGUCCAUUGGAACUCGGCCCGGCACCGCCACUUCACCCACAAAAACGCUAGCCAACACCUCACCAUCGAGGUUGCCACAGUUUAAUCGAACCCGUACUUCCACUACCAAACCAAAUACCAAACAAAAUUCAGCAAAACGUACUUCAGAACCUAUAAUGAAAAACUCAGCAUCCAACCACAGCUUACAGAGCAAUGACAGCGGCAAAACUAUAGUACUAGCGCGCGGCUCCCGACAAGGAAGCACUUCGAGCGUGAAUUCCAUAGCGUCCUCUAAAACAAAGGACGUGGAAAGCAAAAUCGCGAAUCUAUGGAAGAAAGUGGAGCAGACGAAGAAAUUACCAGCCAAGGCUGAUAAGAGAGUUUGGAUCGAUAGUGACAAGCCCGAAACACCGAAACUGAUAAGGAGUUCCACGUUCGAAGGUCAACCGAAACUCAGCCCGGUGUCCACCGCGACCAAACAGAAAUCAGCUAUCGGCAUACGAGUGUCACAGAUACCCAGCUUGAGGCCGAAGACGACCGGUCAAACAAGGACCACCAGUCAAACAAACGUCAACAAGAAACCAACCAACAAAGGAUUCUUAAGAAAGGGCAGCGGACAGGUGACGUCAUGA